UAUACCUUUGCUUGUAUUAUCAUUAUUGGUUUUCUGUUCUUGACUGGAGACUUGGUAAACUCAUCAUUACCAAACUGGACCAAACUGCAUCAGAAUUGAACAGAGACUUGGAUUAUAGACUGAAACUUGAAUGGGAGAACGAUGUGAACAACUCACCUAGUUAAUGUAAAGGCCAUUGGUAUAGUUGACAGCGAGUGAACCACACGGGAAAUGGAGCUUCGCGUAAUUUUGACGCGGCUACUCACAAUCUGGGUGUCAAUGGUUGCAUGGAUAACACCGAUAUAUGGAGCAAAAAAGGCUUCUUUCUUGAAGAAACUGUUCAGGAAUUAUGAUAGUCGAAUUCCACCUGCGUUUGGUUCAGACUCCUCAGGUAAUGGAUCCAGAGGAGGUACAAUGAAUGCAGUGGAGCUUAUGAUCUUGAGCUUUGACUCCAUCAAUGAGAGCACCAUGGACUACAUUGUGACGAUGUUUCUCCGCCAGACCUGGAACGAUAAGAGACUUGCCUUGAAUGGUAUCGUCAACGAGAGUUCAAUCGCCCUGGAUUCCCGGAUGAUAGACAAUAUAUGGGUGCCAGAUCUUUACUUCUACAAUGAGAAGAAGUCACACUUCCAUGAUAUCACUGUGCCUAAUAAAUUGUUGAGAAUCUAUCAAAAUGGAGAUAUUCUCUACAGCUCAAGAAUAACGUUAACGUUAUCAUGUCCAAUGAAGCUCCACAAGUUCCCACUAGACACACAGAUCUGCAGUAUGAUAAUCGAAAGUUAUGCCUACACUGCAGACAAACUAAUGUUCAAAUGGGCUGACAAAGAUCCAAUAAAAUUUAAAAAAGGCUUGGAAUUACCACAGUUUAGUCUGAAAGGAAACAGCACCAAAAGCUGUACAACCACUCUAUCAACAGGUACAUUCACCUGUUUACAAGCCAACUUCAUACUUGAGAGAGCCAUUGGAUUCUAUAUCAUCCAGACCUAUGUGCCGAGCAUUCUGGUUGUUAUUCUCUCUUGGGUCUCCUUUUGGAUCAGCGUUGACGCUGUUCCUGCUAGAAUCUCAUUGGGCGUUCUAACAAUUCUCACCAUGACGACACAAAGUGCCGGAGCGAGACAGACGCUACCCAAAGUAUCCUAUGUCAAGGCUAUUGAUAUAUGGAUGUCCACGUGUCUGUUGUUUGUAUUCGGAGGGUUGAUUGAGUUUGCUGUGGUAAAUGUACUGAGUCGGAAGGAGGUAAGAGCGAGGAUGAGCAUCCGGAGAAAACCAGAGGAACUUAAUAAAAAUGAAUAUGAGAUGGUAGAAAAUGGUAGUAGCAAGAAGGCUCCGACAUACAUCAGAGACCCCGAUGGCAAGGAAAAGGCCCGUUUCGUGGACAAAAUAUCACGUGUAGGGUUCCCAUUGGUGUUUGUUAUAUUCAAUGGGGUAUAUUGGAUAUUUUAUUCAUUAUGGGAAAUAAAUGAAGAAUAGGCUGGAUGGCUCAAAUGGCAGUAGAUUUUGUUGUAGUUAAUACAACAGUCAAAUAGUUUUGCAUUCUAAACGUUUAGACAUGUGAUGUGCUCUUAUUUGUUACAUUGAUAAAAUAUCCAAUGAACCCAACAUGACACCAUGGGUUGGAGACGAUGCAUCAGUAGAAUCUACAAUGUGUCUCUCAUUCGAUUUCGAUUGACACUUAAACUGGGAGUGGGGUCUUGGCAGA